AUGCCGUCAUCUCAGCGACGGUGCGUCGUUUGUGAUCGUGUUGCUGCUAUCUCCAAGAAAUUUUAUAUCACAAUUAACUCCGACGAAAGUGAAGCGAAAUUACGGCGUGGCUAUGAAUUGCGAUUUCAAAAAGACCUGCCGGUCGAUUCUCUUUUGAACGAGUUCGUGCAUAGAACAUGCUACAAGCGUCUCACAAGAAAUCUUCCUCCGAUUCCACGAAUGAAGAAAAACAGUCAUAAAACACCACACAAAAUGGGCUAUUUUUUGAAGAAUGUUAUUGCUACGAUGGAACACCAGCGAAUUAAGCAGAAUCGUAUAAACAGACUAGAAAAUAUUUCAACUUCCAGUAAUACUGACAACGAUGAAAAUGAGGACUUCAGAACCACUCAGUUUAGAUCGAUAAGUUCUCGACGUCCUUUUCACAAUCGUACGAACUAUCCAAGUGUUGAUGCUAUCAUCAAAACUCGAUCGACAAAAACACCCAAUGGGUCAUCCAUCACCAUCGUUCGUCGCGGACAUUCACUCGUCGAAAAUAUAAAAUCGCCCUUGCAGCUUUUGAAAAGUCUAGGCGCUGUUGCCUCACAUGCGGUAGAAUUGCACAUGUCGCCCGCUGAACAUGGUGCGGUGGACACAGCUGCUUAUCUCGAUUCAAUUGGUCCAUCAAUGCCAGUGAUUGACAUCUCCAAAGCUCACACAUCUGCUACUAUCGAUUUAUUUCCUUCAACGGUUGACACGUAUACUUCCAUUCCUAACGUAGUCCGAGCACUAUUUCCAUUGUCACAUACGGCUAGUGGAAACACGACGAGUAGUCAGAAUUUAUCCAACAGCAAGAAUAACGCUGGAUCAUCAACGACAUUUAUCCGUCGCCGAUCUGGGAGACAAAAAACGACGUCGUGCGAUGGUCUAGUCUUUCCUGGUGAUGACAAACAAACGACACAUCUGUACGAAAACAGUUUUGAAGAACUUUGUGGAUGGCUGAUUGAUAUCUUAAAAACAGGCGUAAUCGUUCAAAUGCUUGAAGUUCGAAGUCAAUACGAGUCUAUAUUACGUCGAAGAAACGAACCACCGUCCGAAGCAAUUCUGCGGACCUCGUCCAUUCGUGCACGCCUGAUUACUAAGUUUGGUGAUUCAUUAUAUUUCCCUCAAAAAGACAAGCUUGGUGGUACUUACAAAACAAUGCUUCGACUACAAAAGGAAGCCGCCGAAAUUGCAAAAACAUCGUCGUCUUCUCUUUCAAACGUUCAUCGUAAAAAUGCCCGGCAACAUUGUCAUGAAUUCGCAGUGAAAGUCGCCGACAAUUUUGAUAUGAACAAAGGAACGGUUCAUGGAGAGAACAGCAUUCAUAUUCUUAAUCAAAUUAUCGUUCAAACAGGCGAAAAUGACGAAAUAUCGUCCAUUGUCAAUGAAAUUUUAACGGAAAUAAAAGAUCGCGUCUCACGUUCGGUACCACUGCUCGAAUUGCCUAGUGCUAGCGAUGCAGUGAGUACAAUAUGCCUGUCGUCAACAUCAACCGAUCCAGUUCAAAAUCAGUAUCAACCAUUUACCGACAAUUCGUUGUGUCUAAAUCUUCUCGGCUAUGUUAUAUCGAAACACAAAUCUCAACAAAAUAAACAGCAAUCAGUGCCGAUUUCGUCCUGUCCAAGCGUUCAGUUCCCAUUGUUAUCUGGUUUUUUCGCCACCUAUCUUUCUUUCGAACAACGUCCUAUCCACACCAUCACAUUUUGUACACCAAUCAACGACGACCCCAGCUCCUUAUACGCUGCUGAAUCUUGUCUACGUUCCACUAAAGUUACUCUUAUUGAUUCAAAUUAUCAGAAAGAGUCAGUCUUAGUGGUAGAUGAGAAAAUUUACAAGAACUGUGUGAAGGUACGACAACAGAAUCUGUUCGAUUUCCAACGUAUCACCAUAUAUCCUGGAGAUUUUCACCUUAUGAAAACCACAAUGAUUGUAGUUUGGGACGUAUUGGAUGGCUCGGGUAUUGAGGAUAUUCUCAAUUACUUAUACAAAGAUUUAACAAAAAUACUGAAAGCAGUUGACGAUGAAAUUCGUCGAAUACUCAUCCUCCCGCAAGAGCGAAAUAUUCAUCCACGAUCCCUCUUUGCACACGAGUUUACUCCAGCACCAUUAUCAUUAUGUGAUAAUCACAACUGUGAAUUAAUGAACCAGCAGAAGAAAUCCGGUGCUAUCGAAUUUUUGAAAGAACAAUUUCCGUCAGCGUUUUUGUCAUCAUGUCCGAAAAUAACUGGUAGUUGUGCCUUAGUCAUUGACGGUGGUAGUUUACUCGAAACAAGACCAGCAUCAAGAAAUACUACAGUUCGCAAUUAUGCCCUGCAACUUCUGAACACUGUUAUUAAAUACAAUUUUCAACAAUAUGAAAGAAUUGACGUGAUUUUCGAUUCUGCCGAAACCAGUCUUCCACCGUCGUCCAAUGCCUUUUAUGAUCAUUGUUUACGCGCUGCACGACAAAUUGGCAUAUGGCUCCGCACUUUUGAACAAGAUUUAAACUUACCACCGCUAGAGACCUGUGCCGGCUUCACAAGCGAGAAUGGUGAAGUUCAGAUAAAAUGGACCUCAAUCGAGCAAAAUCCGGUAGAUACUCGUUUAGUGGUAUAUGGAAAAUGUACAAGUGGAUGUCUACGAUGCAAUUGCGGCAAAUACGGCUUAAAAUGUACGAUUUGUUGUCAGUGUUCACCAGAAAAAUGCCAUAAUCGAUCAAACACGCAAAUGACUAAGCUCGGUUUCUCGAGCAGCAGCACAAACGUUGAUAGUGAAAGCGAUGAUUUUUCAAGUGCACGAAAUACGGACUAUAGUGAAGAAGACGACGAAGAAAGCGAAUUUGAUCGUUAUGACUCCUGCAGCUCUAGUAAUAUCUCGGACUUUGAAGUUAAUGACUUUGUGCAGUCACAGCCGCAACAGGUGCUAUUGCAGCCAACAACGAUGCCGAACGAAGACGAUUGCGAUUCAGAAGCGGAAAGUCUAGCAACAGACCAUGUGGAGCACAGCUAUUGUAAAAGCUCGACCGAAGAAGAAGACGAUGUCAAUUUCUUUAAUUAUCGUAAACGGCAAAAAAUGCUCACAAAACCGAGAAGAACUACUACUCGUUUACAAGAAGCCGUUCAGCCUCAAACGACUGCUAAAUCUGCCGAUCUGAAAGACUUUAGUUUUAAAAUUCCAUUUUCUCCGGCAUCUUUCUCUCAGCCUACAACAUCGAUUCCAUUUCAGUCCAAAACGUCCGAACAACGACGAAGAUCAUCAAGAAAAUUAACACAUGCCCGUAUCAACAGUAAAAAUGAACCGCCGAAGAUGUUUAUUCCGAUGACCGAUUCACCGAUGAAACGUGCAAAAAAUCGACGAUAUUCUAAUUACGAUGUACUUCAAGAUCUCAAUGACUCAUUUUGA